GACAGAGUUUCAGAAUGGUAUCAUUUUGUUGUAAAGUUGGCAGUUUACCAUUUCGAUAUAUGAAAAUAUUUGAUGGAUAGCUGUGAAUGAUAUACAAUGUCAAUGUUCCGUGCUAGCCAAGAUAUCCCACUUCUACCCAAGCCUUGUGAUACAAAAAAUAUUUUUGUAGGUUUCCGUCUUUGUUUACUUAAUUUAUGGUAAUACGAACAUCAAAUAUAAUAUCGAGUAACAACGGGAUGUAUUUAUCAAUUCAAGCGGACGACUGCAGACGUGACAGUGGAGUAUCUGACAUGGACUCCAGUGUCGGCGGACAAACAGGAAACUCAAAGGAAGAAAAAAGUGUUCAACAAGGUCAAGGAAGUUUGGAAUACGCAAAGCUUUGGGAGGAAUUAAGACACACCGGCCAAGGACUGGACAAUUUAUUUGAAGAAAGUAAAGAAAGUGCGUUCGAAAUAAAGAAUGCUUACGAAUCAAUACAUCAGCUUAUCACAAUCAAUGAAGGCUUAAAAAUCAAAUAUUAUGAAGCACUUGCAACAAAGAAAAAAUUUGAUGAAGAGAGAGAUGAUUAUUUCAAGAUUGACACAGAACUUUCAAAAAAGAAAGAGGAAUUUAUUGAAGACAGUCAGAAGCAUGCUCUUCAACAUUCAAGAUAUGUUGAAUAUUCAAAAAGAUUUUCGACAAGACGAGAAGAAUAUAUUGAAAGAUUAUUAAAAGACGUUGAAAAAUAUUUGGGUCAAGUUGAAAAAUUAUCAAAAGAAAAAUUGAACCUGAGAAAAGAGGUUUCCGAACAAAGAUCACAAAUAACGUCGUUGAAAAAUGAGUUGAAAACUAAAACUACACAACAUGAAAAAGCAAUUCAUAAUUGUGAAAAAUUAAACAAAGAUCUUGAAAAACAUAAAAAAGAACUACAGUGGAUGAACAGACAAGCUGAAAAAUUGAAAGCUUUGAAUCAAAGACUUGACGAGGAAAAUAAUAACAUGAGGAACAAAGAACAGGAAUUGACAAAUGAGUUGCAAAAAUAUAUAAAAACAAUUGAUGAUUUAUCCGACAAAAGGCGACAACUUCUAGACAGGUGCUCCCAAUUAAAUCAGCAAAUUCAAGCCACGGAAGAAAAUCUUCAGCGAGAAUUUGAUACGAAAGAAGAGGAAAGAAGGCAAUAUGAAAGCGAGAGAAUCUCAAUGGAAAAUUCGAUCAAAUCUUUGGAAAAACAAAAAUUAGAAUUAAAAGAAAGUAAUCAGAAAGUGUUGCGGCAAAUGGCACAACUGAGACAAAGAUUUGACUCGGCGAAACGUAAAAGCGUCGUGGUUGAAAAAGAAAAGAACAUUAUUGUGAGGAAAGAACACAACACAAGCGAGAAAAACGUUGAACUUGCAGAAAAGCAGUUAGAACUUAUCGAUGAAGUUUUAACAUUGAAAAGAGUAUUUUAUGAAGAUCAAUCACGAAUGAAGAAGGGCGGAAGACAAUAUAGAAAAUUAGAAGGAAAAGUGGGAAAUUUGAAGCAACAGAUAGAGAUGCUAAAAGAGGACCCAUCAAUUCUUGAUCCUCUCGAAUUUUCACAAGAAUACAGGGAUGUUGUUGUGAGAAAAAUUGUUAAUUCUCCUCCCCAAUCAUAUCCACGUCCUGGAACUACUUAUUUUGAUUUACCAUUGAAACAACAUAUUCCUGUUAUUGGACAAAUACCAGAAAAGAAAAAGGGUCUGAAUUCUGGUGGAAAAGGUAGAUCAUCUAAUCCAAAAAUAAAAGCAGUUGCACAAAAAUGACAGUGACAUUAG